AAAUCCUAACUUGGUCGCUGAAAUCACUUAUCCCGGUGGUCCAAGUGUUGCUGGUGUUUUUGAGAGCGUGGGUUACGUUGUAAUCAGACCUGAUCAACAUUAUAAUUCGAAUCCGAAAGUGUCUACGAAUUUGGGCUAA